GUUCCAUUAUGUUCCAUCAAUCCAAACAUACCCAUAAGUUCACGACUCCAACUUCCCUCAAUCGCCGAGAGGGACGCUCAUAACUUCACGCAGAAACGUCAUUUACCGCUUCCCACUUUCUCUUCUCUCUCUCUCGCCAGACCCAAAACCCCGUUUUAUCGAUUUCGGGUACUUAAUCAGCAUCUCAGUGUAGCCGAUAGUGUUAAUUGACAAAAAAGAAUGGUGUUUUGUGAUCACUGUGCGAAAAACGUUCCCGGAGUGCGAGUCUCUGAUGGUCCCCUAUGUUGUAACGAAUGUGGGAAGGUACUGGAGGAAUUCUAUUUCUCUGAGGAACCUACCUUUGAAAAGACUUCGGACGGGCAGAGCAAAUUAUCAGGCCGUUAUGUAAGAACAAUCCAAAGUGAGUACUCUGCCUCACGUCAAAGGACUUUAGACAGAGCUUACGAUGAGAUCAAAUAUCUGAGUUACAACCUUGGAGUGGAUGAUGAUAAUGUGGCCAACCAAGCUUUGGCCUUCUAUAGAAUAGGACUUGAGAAAAAUUUCACCAAAGGACGUAAAUCAGAACAAGUACAGGCAGCUUGCCUCUAUAUUGCGUUCCGGGAAAAUAAUAAGCCAUACCUUCUUAUUGAUUUUUCAAAUUAUUUGAGGACAAAUGUUUAUGUCCUAGGUGCAGUUUUUUUGCAGCUUUGUAAAUUAUUAAGGCUUGAAGAGCACCCAAUUGUUCAAAAGCCUGUGGAUCCCAGUCUUUUUAUUUAUAAAUAUACGAUUAGUUUGUUGAACCAUAGGAAUAUUCAUGUCUCUGAAACUGCACUCAAUAUUAUUGCCAGCAUGAAACGUGACUGGAUGCAGACAGGGAGGAAGCCAAGCGGAUUAUGUGGUGCAGCAUUGUACGUGUCUGCUCUUGCACAUGGUUGUAAAAAAUCUAAGUCAGAGAUUCAAAGAAUUGUCCAUGUAUGUGAAGCAACAUUGACUAAGCGGUUGGUAGAAUUUGAAAAUACAGAAUCUGCGAGCUUGACAAUUGAGGAGUUGAAUACGAUGGCAAAGGAGCUCGAAAAAAAUCCUAUUCAAAUACCAAAUGGUAAACUGAGCAAAUGUACUUCAAAGGAUCUACUAUGUGAACACAAGGCUAGUGAUGCGGCCUAUUUUGCUCUUGGGUUAUGUGAAACAUGUUACAAGGAUUUUGAUAAACUCUCUGGUGGACUUAGUGGUGGUUUGGAUCCUCCUGCAUUCCAGCGUUCUGAGAGGGAGAGAGUAGCAAAAUUACAUUCUGAGGAAAGCGCGAAUAAAUCUGAUGAUUUGGUGAGAGCAACAAAUGGUGCAUGUGAGAGCCGACAAGACAAAAUACAUGUCUCUCAGCCUGAAAGUAUUGGGGCUAAUGAACAAUUGGCCACUGAAAAUGGUGAGCAUGAUGAGUCACAUAGAGAAGAUGAUAUGAAUGCGAAAACUGCCGAUGAAUCAGAAAGUCUUUCAGAUAUUGAUGAUCUGGAGGUCGAUGGCUACCUUCACAGUGAGCAGGAAAAGCAUUUUAAGAAAAUUAUUUGGGAAAAGAUGAAUCGAGAAUAUCUAGAGGAACAAGCAGCAAAGGAAGCAGCUGCAGCAGCUGCUAAGAAAGCUUUUGAGGCGAAUUUCAAAAACUGUUCUGAGGAUUUGCUUGCAGCGAGAGAGUUUGCUGCAUCUACUGCUGCAUCUGUGGCAAAAUCGAGAAAGGAAAUGAAACAGAAACGAGCCGAAGAGGCAAAAAACUUGGGUCCUCCUCAAUCUGCGGCAGAGGCCGCUAAGCAAAUGUUGAGAACAAAGAGGCUCAGUUCCAAAGUCAAUUAUGAUCGUGUGCAAUCAUUAUUUGAUGAACCUGUGGCUCCAGAGAAUCCCAAGAAAGUACGAUUUGAGAUACCCUCUGAUAAUCAUGAUUACUUGAAGUCGAAGUUUGAGGACAAGAUUCAAGAUGAUGAACUGGGAUCAGUGGACGGGUUUGAGGAUGGCGAUAUGCACGAUAUGCACGAAGAUUAUUAUGGAAAUGCCGACGAGGCAUAUGACUAUGAGGAUGAUGGGUACAACUUUGAUUAUUAGUUAAUGAUUCCUUGAGGCUCUUUCUACUUUAAUGAUUUGUGACUCUCGAAUCCCAUUUUCAUCAUGGCUAGCUGGCACGAGAAAUCUUUUGGAUUCUGACUAUCUGAGAGUCAACCUAGAAACUAGAAUCACUAUUAGUUUUACAUCCUCUGUCCUUGAGUCCUUUCACCACUCUGCAUUAGAAUUUCCUUUUCGUCCAAUCAAUUGUCACACCCUUAAUUCCAUGCGUCUUGAGAGCUUUGGAGUUAGUUACAAUUGCUUCUCAUCAUGUAGUUAUUUACCAAACUUGUUAGUCAAACUUACCAUCUGGUGAAAUUUUGGAGUUUAGUUUGUCUAUGGAAUUCCUAAGAUUUUGGUCUUCUCUUUUUUCUUUUACUCAUUCCCCUCCUUUUUUCAAAUAUUUGGCUCCCGAUUUUAUGGUGGAUGCUAGAGGUCAUUUGAUAAUAGAUUAUAGUUUGUAUAACAUUGUAUUUUCUGGGGAUACAUUUUAUAACUGAGUAUGCCUAUAUAGUAAAAUGAUUACGUUAUAUUUAUUUUGGACCCCAA